GUCGUGCUGCUGUCGACGACGCUGCAGUUCGCCCACGCCCACACGUGGAUCGACUGCCUUGACACGGAUCGCUCCAAGCUCUACGACCAGAGCGCUUCGUACAUUUUCGGUGGCGCUGCAGGCAACGGCUUCUGUGGCGGCUACGGAGCUGGCUACCCUGGCCGCGGAGAUGCCGGCAUCGGCACGGAAUUCACGCACAAACUGCUGAGGAACGAGUUCGAGGCCGGCGCCCCCGUGUGCGAAGCUGUCGGAGACAACACGUACACAGACUGGCGGAAGCGACUGACGGUGACAGCAGGGCAACCCGCGUACUUUGCCUAUCUGCCUAAUGGCCACAUCGUUAAGGACAAGAAGGGCGUCGGGACCCAGCACGGCGUCUACUGGACUGGCAAGCCGGGGACGGCGCUCACGUCCACUCACGAGAUCAAGGACGAGAACCUGGUGGACGGCCACACGCUCAACUACGACGAUGGCAACUGCGGCGAGACGGUCGACUACAAUGGAAACCCGAGCCACCGAGCGGGUGAUGGCAAGCCUUGUAUCGGAACAUUCGUCGUCCCGGCGGGAACUGCCCCCGGGAUCUACAAAAUGGUGUGGUUUUGGACGUUCUGGCUG